GUGAGCCAAGUUGAUCCGGCCAUUUAUAAUGAUCUGUAUCAACAAGAGGCUAAAUUGAUAAGCUACCCUACUCAGCAGCUCGACAACUAUGGCACUAACUUGCAAAAGAAAAACUACGCUUUUGCCUACAAAGUUCUAGAUAAGGCGACUGGCGAUGACUUUUCGCAUCAGCAAAUUAGAAGUUCAAAAGCAACUAACGGAGAGUACAGAGUGAAACUGCCUGAUGGACGGCUUCAAAUUGUGUCGUAUAAAGCGGACAAAGAUGGGUAUAAAGCUGAUGUAAAAUACGAAAAUGACCCGGAAGCUGUAGGACAUCAGAUCGUGCAAACACCCCGAAUUUCCCGGCCAGUUUAUGUGCCCCAAAAGGUCCAGGUUAGCUCAGUUCCAGUAAGGCAAUUCGGGGCCAGAGGAAGAGUUAAAGCUGCCACUAGUUAUGAUUAUAUAACUGACGAAAGCGAUCAUAAUGUGGUUCAGCCACAGGAAGAUCCCCAUCUCGUUAUUCUGGACCAGUAUAGGCCCACUCAGGUUCCUGUUAGUUAUGCAAAUAUUGAACCCCAAUCCACCCCAAAAUCUGCUUAUUAUAUUCAAAAUAUUCCCAGCAAUGAAGUGCAGCAUGAGCAUCAUCCAAAUGUGCAGCUUUAUACCACGAAUGCUCGUGAUCAUCUUCAAGGUAGUUACAUUCCCACUACCUCAGCAACGCCUCAAUAUGAAAAACAGCUUGUGAGGUACGUUUCUACACCACUUCCUCCAACAGUACAGGCUCAUCUUAUUCACAAUGGUGACAAUGGAUUGUACAAUCCUAGUUUAGGUAGUACUGCUUCUCCUCAAAGUGCUGCACCUCCUGGCCAUAAAAAUGUUAUCAACACAUUAGCUCCAGCUAAUAACCAAAAUGAACAAUAUCGACAGACUUUAGAGCAGGAAAAUAAUUUACCGGAAGGAAUUUAUAUUGUGGGAAAAUCGGGUAAAUAAAAGCUCCCUUGACUUUAACGCCAUGUAGUAUUUUUACGACUUAGCAAGUUAAAAAAACAUAUCGUAAGUAUGUGUAUUUUUUUUGAUGUGGUGCUUAUUUCAUGUAUACUGAUUAAAAAAUAAGCUUAAACUUAAAAAGCUACUACUGUGUAUUUAUUUUUUAUAUAAGUAUAUUAUAAAGCAAUAAAAGUUUACAAUUAUUUGAUUAGCUAUAUUAAAUAUUUUAUGGAAUUAUAUAAAUUGUCGUUACCAUUAGAGUUUAUGAAUAUAUUUAUAUUUUUUUGCGA